GCCAUACUCGUCAUAGUGGACAGACGAGAGCUGCUGCAGCAUCCCAAGUCCUUUACUAUGAUGAUCAUCGCCAACGCGAGAGAAUGAUGCCCCACGACCACGGGGUCGUGCAUCAUCAAGCGCGACGUGUUGAAGAUAUCAUCACCGACCACUGUAGUCGCGAAGCAGGAGGGAUCCAGCGCCCUCCUAGUACUAGAGACUAUGCUCGUGCAGCACACGUUAAUACUUCUUCAUCUGACCGUCCUUCAUCUGCUCAACAUUCCUCGCGGAGCCACCGUCAUGUACCUCCCCCGACAACGACUAGAGGCCAAAGGAGAGUGAACGAAGUUGUUGCUACUUCGAGAAGAAAUCAUAAUCAACAAGAAACUGAAACUCCGAAGAUACCUAGGGUUUUGCAACAUCAACCUACAAGCG